UGACAUCGGCUCGCCAAAUUUCAUCAUGCGCCAGGCGCAUUCGAAUCGAGGAGUCAGCAGGCCACGUGCAAGCCAGACUUAUUGUUAGAAGCCUUCGCGCGCCCGCCAUUUCUGGCGCGUCACACGAUACGGAUUUAGGAUAUACGAGACGAUCGCUUCUUUCGAGCGGAUGAUGCAACGACGGAGCGAAGCGGAGGAUGCAAUGUUUCCUGAAAAGUCUCGCAAGUGAAAUAAUGCAACACAUUGCAAUGCAUUGAAACUCUUACUCAUGAGGAGUAAUUUCGGAAAUAAAGGUUUUUUGAGUGAAACCUCGGGUUUGUGCCGCUCACGAUGAAGUUCGAAAGAGCGAUCGGAAUCGAUAACAGCCGAACGACGACCUCUGCCACAAAGUCUCGGAAGAUGGCGAUGGUGGCACCUACGAAGACGCGGUAAAGGAAGCGAUGUGGCGGUGGAAAGUAGCUAAGUAAUCAGGUCUCGGCGGCAGUUGGCCGCGGUCUUUCGAACGGUUCGUGAACCUGCGUGGGCACCGCACCGCAUGAGAACAGCGCGUUCCAAAACUCGCGCCUAUCGUCGAACAAGCCUGCGCUCAGGAAUGAGGUAACCAUCAGCAAACGGACUUCUUAGGCGUUCUCAACACGUAGGAAUUAUCACCGGCGAACGACUUGGCAGGUGCAGAUAGUACGUCAACAAACGUGUCUACAAUGACCAACGUAAGCGAGAAGCCGUCGACAGAGUUGGAUACCUUCCUGCCUCAAGAUGGAUCCAAUUUCAAGGACGGCGUCCUGUCCACCAAAUACAAAGUACAAGUUGCCCCACGCGACGUUGAAGCAGCAUUGAGCGAUGAAAAGAGUUUCGAUCCCUUCGCGGAACGUAAAGUCGACAAUCCGACAACGGAUUGCGAUACGUUGACGCACUUGUUAAAAGCAUCUCUUGGCACUGGAAUUUUAGCUAUGCCAAUAGCUUUUAAAAGCGCUGGAUUACUCCUUGGUAUCUUUGCCACGAUACUCGUCGCAUUCGUGUGCACGCAUUGUGCGUAUAUUCUGGUCAAAUGUGCACAUGUGCUUUAUUACAAAACUCGGAAAGCGGAAAUGGGAUUUGCUGAUGUUGCCGAGACAGCUUUUAGUAAUGGACCCGAAUGGGCAAGAAAGUUUGCGAAACCUUCCAGAUAUCUCAUACAGAUCAGUCUAUUUACUACAUAUUACGGCACCUGCAGUGUGUACGCAGUAAUUGUCGCUGCUAACAUUAAGCAAAUCAUCGAGCAUUAUCAAGAUGUUGACAGUGGUGAUUACAACAUCCGAUUAAUCACCGUUUACUUGCUGGUGCCACUAAUUUUACUUAGUUGGGUACCCGAUUUAAAGUAUCUCGCGCCAGUUUCGAUGGUAGCGAACAUCUUUAUGGGAACAGGACUUGGAAUAACAUUUUACUAUCUCGUUUGGGAUAUGCCACCAUUGUCUUCAGUGCCUUUAGUAGCUUCGAUCGAAAACUUCCCGCAGUUCUUCAGCAUCACUAUCUUCGCCAUGGAGGCGAUUGGCGUGGUGAUGCCCUUAGAAAACAACAUGAAGACGCCGCAGCACUUUGUGGGAAUUUGUGGCGUUCUCAAUAAGGGAAUGUCCGGCGUUACGCUUGUAUAUAUUUUCCUUGGAUUCCUCGGAUAUGCUAAAUACCAGGACACGACGCAGGAUAGCAUUACAUUGAAUUUACCGACAGAAGAAAUAGCAGCGCAAGUUGUGAAAAUACUGAUCGCCCUAGCCGUCUUCUGUACUUUUGGUUUGCAAUUUUACGUGUGUCUCGAUAUCGUGUGGAACGGUGUAAAGCAUCGUUUCAAGAAGAGGCCUGUCUUAGCCAAUUAUAUCGUAAGGACAUUGCUAGUAACAGGUGCAGUUCUCCUUGCUGUGGCAGUGCCAACAAUCGGACCGUUCAUCGGUCUAAUUGGUGCAUUUUGUUUUUCCAUUUUGGGGCUUCUUAUUCCGGUCUUUAUCGAGACUGUAACUUAUUGGGAUGUUGGCUUUGGACCAGGAAACUGGGUAGCCUUAAAGAAUGUAAUUAUAUGCGUGAUAGGCCUAAUGGCAUUAGUAUUUGGAUCACGCAGUGCUAUUAUGGAUAUAGUGAAAUUGUAUGGUUGAUAGUAUAUAUUUUCCGUUUUUUAUCUAGUGCAAAUGUUUCAAUAGAAUAUUGCGAUAAACUUUUCUACCACAUUUCAAAUCUGUCCCCGAUAUGGUUAACGGUAUUUUAGAAUGAAUCAAGCAUAUUGAGCUCGUGGACGAAGUCAGUAAAUUACUAGACAGACUCGACGUAUUUUAUACAAUUGUACAUAUUAACUCAGAUUUUUUUCUCUGAUGUAUUUCCUGAGACUUUAGAAUUUUCUAAAAAUAUUAAAAAUUUUUUGAUUUAUAGAUCUUUAAGACUUAUUUAAAGAAUUAGUGUAUUUUUUAUUUUAUAAACUUAUUUGUGUGUAAAGAAAAAUAUCAAAAAAUUAUCAAAUUUUUAAGAUAAUCAUUUAUAACUACAUUUUAUAGGACAGAAAUUUAAAAAAGUAGAUUUAGGAGCAAUAGCAGUAUUCAUUUAACAGAAGAAAAUGCAAAGUAAAAUGAAUGACAGUGAAAUAUCGCGGUCGUAACGCGCGCGAAUAUAUUCUAAAAUAUGCGUAAAGUUCCUAUAGGAAAUCAUUUCUAUAUUAUCGGAAUGUUAUUUAAUUUUAUAUGAAAAUUCAGCAUUUAUAUGAAAUUAAAGAAGUUUUAAGCUAA